AUCUCACUGCUGGUUGGAUUCAUCAGUGUAAAUAAUUCUCCAUGGACGGAUUACAGUGCAUACAGCUACUUUCAGAUUGUCACCAUGUGCGACUUGGUUAUGAUUUUGUUUUUCUACAUUGUCCACAUUUUCAGAGUCUACAGGAAGCUCACUUGUGUUAGCUGGCCGCUUGCGGAGUUUCUUCAUUAUUUAAUCGGUACAAUUCUGCUUCUCAUUGCAUCGAUUGUAGCAGCAUCCAAGAGUUACAAUUUGACUGGACUUGUGGCUGGAGCGACUUUCGGGUUCCUAGCUUCGAUCCUUUGUGUUUUAAGCAUGUGGUCAUCCUACAAGGUUUCGUGCGUCACGCAGUCCACAAUCCAUCUCCGGUGA